AUGGGGCAAAAAGAUAUAAAAGAAAAAAUAGAGGGAGAAGGAAAAAGGGAUGGGGGAGAGAAAGAGGGAAAGAUAGGGCAAGAAAGGGACAAAUGGGAGGAGAUUCUAAAAAGUAACGUCAGGGGGGAAAGAGAGGAGAGGAAAAGGUUGGAGGUACAGCAAGAAAAUCAACAACAGGAAGGUACGCAGGAGCUACAAAAUAAAAAGAUGGAAGAGGAGAGUCAGGCAAACUUGAAGGUUUCUAAUAUGGAUAAGGAUGAGCAGGCAAUUUGUCUUCAUCAAGAAAAUGAGGCUUCGGACCAUAGUAUACUUAUUCUGGACACCAACCCCAAUCAGAGGAAAUCAAAAAGGAGAUUCUAUUUUGAUCAAAGGUGGGCAAGAAAUGAGGACAGUAAAGGAAUCAUAAAGACAGCAUGGGGCAUAGAACAAAAAGGUUCAAGAAUGUUCAAAGUGAUGAGGAAGAUAAGGGAAUGUAGAAUGGUUCUACUGGUAUGGAACAAAAAGCUGAAGAUGAACUCUGGAAAGAAAAUUACACAGAUUAAAAAGAAGCUGCAGGAAAUAAAGGAGUCAAAUGGAGAAGGGAAACGAGGUCAGCUAGCAGAUUUAAAGCUCCAACUCAGCAAGGCGUAUAAAGAGGAAGAACUCUUUUGGAGUCAAAAAGCAAGAUGUAGGUGGUUACAAGAAGGGGACAAGAACACUGCUUACUUCCAUGCAAGUGUGAUGGCUACAAGGAGAAGGAACAAAAUCACAGUGCUGCAGAGAAAUAAUGGGGACUGGUGCAACACGGAUCAAGAAUUGGGAGGAAAUAUGCAACUAUUACCAACAGUUGUUCCCAAUGCUAUCUCAAGACAGAUGAAUGAGCGACUGAUACAACUAGUGAAUGAAGCAGAAAUAAAAAAAGCUCUCUUUUCUAUGCAUCCAAAUAAAUCUCCUGGCACAGACGGAAAUAUGUUGAGAGCUGUAAAUGAAAUUCUUAUUACUCUGAUUCCUAAGAUCGAUAACCCUCUAAACUUGACUCAGUAUAGGCCUAUCAGUCUGUGUAACACUAUGUAUAAAAUCAUCUCUAAGGUGCUAGCAAAUAUGCUGAAAAUGGUUCUUAAAAAGUGCAUAAAUGAUUCGUUAAUAUGCUGCAAAGCAACAGUCCAGGAAGCCAAGCAGGUGAAGGAUAUUCUACUAAAGUACACAAAGAUAUCUGGUCAAUUGGUAAAUUUUGAAAAAUCAGCUGUGUACUUUAGUAGAAAUACUCCUACACAUGUCAAAGAAAAAGUGUGUCAUGAGCUAGGUAAUAUGAGGGAAGCAGGUAGCGGCAGAUACUUGGGUCUACCUAUGGCUAUAGGCAGAUCAAAAAAUCAAGUGUUUGGGUAUAUCAUGAGCUCAGUCAUGAACAAAAUGAAAGGCUGGAAAAACAAAAUGUUGAGCUCAGCUGGAAAGGAAGUUUUGAUCAAGUCAGUGAUUCAAGCGAUGCCAAAUUAUGCAAUGGCUUCCUUUAAAUUGCCAAAAGGACUGUGCAAGGACAUAUGCAAGGGCAUAGCAAAUUUCUGGUGGGAAAGUACGCAGCAAGAUAGGAAAAUGCAUACGAUAAGCUGGAAGAAUUUAUCAAAAGUAAAAGGAAAGGGGGGACUGGGAUUUAGAGAUCUGGAAGCAUUUAAUGAAGCCUUACUUGCCAAACAGCUUUGGAGAAUUAUCACUUCCCCCAAUCUGCUUAUGAGUAAGGUAAUCAGAGCUAAGUACCUACAGGUCCCAGAUGCUCUAGAUAGCAAUCCCCUACAAUCAGCCUCAUAG